GUUCCAUAUGGACCAAUGAGAGAGCGUAGUUUCUCUACCCGGAAAUAGGAUUUUCUUGACAAGUCGGUUGUGAUUUUUCACAGCGAUAUUGAGUCGUCGCGACUGUGUUUUUGAUGAUAUUUCAUCAAUCGCCAAUGGAUGGUCAGAAGAGACAUCUGUGUGUAACCUAGUCGGUUGAUGUUCAACGCAUUUUCGGCCUCGUUGGUGCUUCUUGUGUGCUGCUUCCCAAACAGCUUAACCCAGUCAGUCCAUGGCUGAUCAGUAUGACGCCAACGAUCUCAGGUCUCCUCCAGCGGACCCAUCCGCAGCUGCAGGACACAGCUGGUUCCCUGGACCCCCUCCACCCAUCUAUUCCUGCACCCUGACCCCUGAGCUGGUGGCCAAGGCCCGGGAGGAGCUCCAGGAGAAACCAGAGUGGCGUCUCCGGGAUGUCCAAGCACUGAGAGACAUGAUACUGAAGGAGCAGCCUAAUCUCAGGACCAGACUGGACGACUCCUUUCUCCUGCGCUUUCUGCGGGCCAGGAAGUUUGACUAUGAUCGGGCGUUGCAGCUGCUGCUCAAUUACCACGCAGGCCGUAAAGCUUGGCCCGAGGUGUUCCAGGACCUGAAGCCAUCCACAGUGAAACACGUCCUGGACCUGGGAUUUCUCACGGUCCUGCCACAGCCCGACCCAAACGGAAGAUAUAUUCUCUGUCUCCGGCCAGGGAAAUGGAAACCAAACGAUUAUCCGUUUGUUGACAAUGUGAGGGCCAUCUAUCUGACUCUGGAGAAGCUGAUCCAGCCAGAGGAAACGCAGGUGAACGGUAUUGUUAUCUUAGCUGACUACAGCGGAGUGGGCAUGUCCCAAGCAUCCAAUCCAGGCCCGUUCCUCGCCAAAAAAGUUGUGAGCAUCCUCCAGGAUGGGUUUCCAAUCAGAAUCAAGGCAGUUAACAUAAUUAACGAGCCCAGGAUUUUCAAAGGCAUCUUUGCUAUAAUCAAGCCUUUUCUGAAGGAGAAGAUGGCAGAGAGGUACAUCCUCCAUGGCUCAGACCUGCGCUCUCUGCACCGGAACAUCCCCCGCUCAGUUCUGCCGGAGGAGUACGGCGGCACCGCGGGCCAGCUGGACAUGUCCGCCUGGUCGAGGCUGCUGCUGGACUGUGAGGAGGAAUUUAUUGUGGAGUUCUGCCAGCCGGAUCCACUAGAGGGCGUGGUGCUCCCAGACUCCCUGCUGUUUGAAGGAGAGCAGGCCAGCGGGCAGGAUGAUGACACCUUCAGGGGCCUGCGCUCUCAGCUUUACUACUGUUACUGAUGCACACUGUAGGUGCGUACGCUCCCAUCACUGAGAGGACACUUUCUGUUUCAUUUGAAACACGUGUGUAGACUUUUACAGGGCAAGUUGCCAGUGUUAUACAUGAUUUAUUUUACUAACUAAACAGCGUUACUAUAGAUGGAUUGUCUUCUAUGGUUUACACGUAGCCCAGCAUUUGACCGUGGUUUCAAGGCAGCUGUGGGCUCAGGCAAAGAGCUUUUGACAUGAGCAGAUGAGAGCUGCAACAAUUAGCUGAUUAAGGGAUCAGUCUACAAAAAAAAAUUGGUCGCCAACAAUUUUGAUAAUCGCUUAAUUGUUUCAGUCAUUUUUUGAGCAAAAAGGUCAACUACUUCCUGGUUCCAGCUUCUUAAAUGUAAGGAUUUUCAGCUUUUAUUUGUCGUUUGUGAUAGUAAAUGAAGAGUUUUGGGAUUUCGGACUGUUGGUUGGUCAAAAGAAGCAAUUUAAAGAUGCCACUUUUGGCUCUGGAAAAACUGUGAUGAGCAUUUUUCGCAAUUGUUUGACAUUUUGCAGACUAAGUGAUUCAUCGUAAAAAUAGCGCAGUGAGUGAAAGACUGCGGGCGUACACCCUGAACAGGUUGUCAUUUCAUCACAAGACGUCAGAUUCAUCAAUGAUGAAAAUAACCGUUAGCUGCAGCCAUUUAGCGUCCAUGAAUUAAUCAGCUCAAUGGAUUGAAUUAUGAAUUUAAUUAUUACAUUUUUUCAGUGGUCAGAUGCUCAUAUGUACAUUGAAACAGGUUUACUUGAUGUAGUUUUGUUCUUGUCCGUACUGGCCACUAAAGGUGCCUUCCCACAGCGCUUCUGAUGUGAGAGACAUUCACUGUCCUCAUUUUGUGUUUAGCUGAAGCCUCAUUUUAGCAUCAGUGGCACCAGUUGGACAAGUCAUGUGGGUAUCAGAAACACUGUCCAACGAAUUUCAUUCCAAAAACACUAACCUUUAAAGUUUCCCACUCUGUUUGGCCUUCUGAGACCCCCGAGGCCUCAUAUUAGCUGCAGCUGAAAUACAUUUUUGCUUGGAAUGAGGACUGUGGUCUUGUUUCCCAUUUUGGUCCUUGGAAGCACAUUAAGGAGGGGCCGAUAUGAACGGGAGGAAGGAUUACAGCAAGUGUUCUAAUGCACAUAUGGGCAUGUCAGGACUGUUUUAAGGCAGUUAUGGAAAAAUGUGAAAUAUGUGGCCAUGAGUGCUCUGUCUGGAUGCUUACAUCGCCCCACAGCUCAAGUUUAAAAAAAACAAACUCCAGACAGUUUUGUCUGUGUAAACAUCUUAAUAGAUUGCCUUAAACUGUUAUUAAUCAGUAGAUUUUCCCAUGUAUCAUAAAUCAUGUUGGAUUUGUGUGCGCCAAAGCAAUAUUCACAGGGAUUCUCAUCAAGGCUUGUCUCGCAUCAGAGCAGCUAUACUUCCUUGUUAGUAAGAGAAAAUGGAUGAUUUUUCAUAUGCUGUAUUUCAGGGCCUUUGUUGAGUGGAUGCUUUAGUUUUCUCUAGCUUCAAUCUUCUGAGAGGAUUAUUUGUUAAAGUUCAGAUAAUCUGCCUUAUGUUUUGUUUUUUGUUUUUUAAACCUUGUUGACCUGUUUGCCUCAGUUUCAUCACUCAGUCUUAACACGGGGCCAUUACGGAUCAUCACAGGAGUCACAUGGGGAAGAGAACAUUCAGUGCUGACUUUAUAGACAUCUGGUUUGCCAAAUUUUACACCAGACCAUGAGCAGAAAUGUGCAAUAAUAUUAGAUCUGUUUUCCUGCAGAAGCCCGAAGCUAACUUGAAUUAUUUUCAUCGUCAGUCUUUUAUAUUUUUAUUUUAAGCAUGUCUGUGACUGUAAGCUGUGUUGUGUUGCAGGAUGUUUGUCGUUGGUAGUGAAGACAGUAAAGUAAAACUCAAACAAA